AGGCCUUCAUUGCCGACCAUUCAUCUGAAGAUAACAAAAACCCUCUAAAAUCACAACUUCUCAAUCCCCAUCAUAUCUGCUUCUUCUUCUUCUUGACCCAAAAACACACACACUCAAAACACACACACACAUACACACGCUUAAUGGCUCUUAGAAUGUGGGCUUCUUCCACAGCCAAUGCUCUAAGGCUAUCCACUUCUUGCAGACCUCAUUUCUCCCCUCUUUCCCGAUGCUUCUCUUCAGUUGUGGAUGGGUUGAAGUAUGCAAAUUCACAUGAAUGGGUCAAGCAUGAAGGUGCUGUUGCUACCAUUGGUAUUACUGACCAUGCUCAGGACCAUCUUGGAGAGGUGGUGUUUGUGGAUUUGCCAGAUGCCGGUGGCUCAGUAGCCAAAGCCACCGGUUUUGGAGCGGUGGAAAGUGUGAAAGCCACCAGUGACAUUAACUCCCCGAUCUCUGGAGAGAUUGUGGAGGUGAACUCAAAGCUGAGUGAGACUCCUGGUUUGAUCAACUCAAGCCCAUAUGAAGAUGGAUGGAUGAUUAAGGUGAAACCAAGCAACCCAUCGGAGUUGGAAUCAUUGAUGGGUGCAAAAGAGUACACAAAGUUCUGCGAAGAAGAAGACGCUUCUCACUAGACUUGAACAUACAAAAUGUCCCUAUGAAUUUUUUUUCUUUUUCGUUUCUUCCUCAACUAACUGAAAUCUCAGUUGUUCUAAAUAAAUGAUAUUAUUUCAAAGGCUUGAUGUUAAUUUAUUAUCUACUAUAAAUUAUGAUACAAGUUACCCGUUCAUGUUA